AGGCAGUGUAGAGCAGGAAGGGAAAGGAAGUGUGUGGGGAACCAGCCUGUGUGUGUGUGGGGAGAGAGAUAGCAGGAGUGAAGGCUGCACAGUGCACUUCCUGUAUCACUGUGUGUGUUCCUGGUGAGGGUAGCAAUAUGGCUGCGCCCAUGUGUUUGCAGCUGGAAUUUGGAGGUGGCGCAGAGCUGCUGUUUCAGGGGAUCAAGAAACAUCAUGUGACCUUGCCCGUUCAGUCAGUUCCUUGGGACAUCAGGCAGUUGCUGGUUUGGAUCAAAGAGAAUUUACUGAAAGAACGACCUGAGCUGUUUAUUCAAGGUGAUACAGUGCGGCCGGGUAUACUGGUGCUCGUUAAUGAUGCAGAUUGGGAACUGAUGGGUGAGCUGGAUUACGAGCUAAAAGACCAAGACAACAUUGUGUUCAUCUCAACGUUACACGGUGGAUAGAGAAUCCUGAUGGUCUGGAUUAAACCAUUCAUUCCAUACAACGGGAUUCCAUGUGAUGGGGACUUUAUAUCGGUGCAGAACAUGUUUAUAUGUUGCUCACUGACCGUAAAAUCCUGUAUAUACGUAUGGGAUUACACACACGAUUCUUUCUGCCAGCAUCAUCAGCCGAGCCUCCUGUCUUCUGUCCCCAAACUAAUAGGUCAGACUCGUCCACUUUGUGACAUCCUGGACAUCUUGUUUACCAGGCGUUUUAUAAAACAUGUCAGUUACACCAGGAGAAUCCUAAUUAAAGUAAAGUGAUUUUAUCUACAAGCACCACGAGCCGUCUGUAUGGGGGUCACUGUGUCCUCAUGUGUCACCUUUCACAGAAGCCUUUGUCACUUAUAUCUGUUGCUUACUUGGCGACUGCAGGCUGCCGCAUACAUCACAGUAUAUGCAGAAAGGAUCCCUUUCACCUUUUAAAAAUGCUUCUGUUGCCUAAACACAUGUGGAGGUAGCCAUUUUGGCUUCUGUUUAUGUAGUUAAACCGGUGCCAUCACUGGUAUGUGCCAUGUGGCUUCAGACCACUAAAAUCUUUAACCUGACAUUUUUGCGUAGUCAGAACCCACACGUCUUCUUCCCCUGAAUGAAUUUGCCUAGCUAACAAAUACUGCUUUACGGUGCUUGGCACACAUCGCCUUUAAUGAAGUUGAGAAACAUGACCUGUCCAAAGCUGUAUGCUACAUUACUGCUGCCCCUGUGGGAAAAUACCCUAACGACGCGUUUCACUUAAUACCUCAUUCACUCUCCGACUACAGACAGGCAUUGCAGUGAAGACCUCUUGAUCAGCAGAUUCAUUAAAUGUGCUGUAAUAUCUUGAUUUACUGAACUGGUGAGAAAAUAAUCCCGCAAGCGGAGUAUAAUUGCAGCUGCUCGUUUUUUUGCUUCACUGCCAUCAACCGCUAUGCUGUUCAACUGUGCCAGCUAAGCACCGUACUCAUUUACAGGAAGGGAAUUCGCUCAGUGCCUUGACACAGAAAGUACCCAGACUGUGUUUCUCGCCUCUCAAUCCCUGCAUGGCUGCCCCUCCCCUCCCUCCUGCUUGCUGCAGUGUUUGCUGUAACAGGGUAAUAAAAAGCGCUCUUGAAUCUCGUAUCAAUUCAUUGGGAUAUAGAAGGUCGCUGACGCAUGACAUCUCUCUGUCGCCAAGUGUCGUACAAAUUGGGUUAUGGGCCAGUGUUACAGCAGUCAAGAGGGUUAAUCAUUCUUUUAAACAUCAGUAUUUGUCUCUUAAUAUGGUAUCAUUAAUGCCCCCAUUUAUCUGUAAAGAUCAGCAUACUUCACUGAGCGGUACUACAGGUACAGCUAACUCUUUAUGUCUGCCGGCAUACAAUGUCAGUAGUCACAUAAUGCAUUUUGUUCCAGUGAUGUUUUAUUUUUGGAGCAAGGGGAUCCUAUAGUAACACACGUCUAUAUUGCAAAGAAGAAGGGGUGCAAGGGUUGUAUUACUACUGUAGGUGAUUGCUCCCAUGCUUUAGUUGCAGCCUGUAAUGCAAGGAUAUUAGGCUAGAAUUCACACCGAUUCUAUGGAACUUAAAGAAUUCAUAUAGACUGCACUUAAAAAAAUAAAAUAUAUAUAUACAUAUAUAUAUAUAUAUAUAUAUAUAUCAAAUAUUGCUGCAUUUUUUUUUUUUUGUAUGUAUUUUCAUAAAUAAAAAAAAAUUAAAGGGUCAUUUACACUGUAUGUUAUCAGCUAUUUAAAUUUCAGUUAUUGCCGGAAGUUUAACAGUUAAAAAGAUCACGUGACAGCGUGCGUGACACUUUUACAUUUUGGCUUAAUUAAAUAUGGUAAUAUAAUGGCGGAUAGUGAAACUGCAGCCUAUUCAUCACAUGCAGUAUGCCCUGCGUUUUAUGCAACUUUUCAACCAUGUACGUAUUAAAUGGUUCCCUCAGUGAUGGAUCUUAUAUUCUGGUACACAGGGCCAUGUAAAAUUCAGCUCGUUACAGGCAGUGUUCUUUUCUUUCUGUCUUACUAUCCGUUCUUUCCCUACUGAAUAAAAGAAAAAACCCUUGGUGCCUUUUUGCCGUUGAAUUACCGCUUACAGAGGCGCUUUUAAAGCUGAAGGUCGUUUAUCAAUGUCUCACCGGUCUGCAUUGUGGUGAUCUUGAUAAAUUUGUUUCAGUUGUAUUAAAUUCUCCAGAAACCGCUCGCAGCAAGGGGAGUUCGGCGCCCUGUUAUCAGCCAGGAGACACUGUUCCUAAUGUGUGGUAUUAUGGGCCUGCCGUUAUCAUGUAGCGGUUGUUGUGGUGACACGAGGCACUUUAUAGAACAAUUUCCUGACUGAACGGCGUGUCACUUAGCUAACAAUAUUAUUUAACAAUUAAAGAAGACCUUAAACUUUAA